AUGGAGGAUCCAAUCUUGGCGGCUGCAGACUUGUUCCUAUUGGAACGAUGGCAAGAGGAUUCUCCCCUCUCUCCCGACGCCCAGCGGGAGCAGAUUUUUGCCGAAUUCGUGACCCUCGGGGUCGAUGGGCAGCAGGACCUGCAGGAGGCGCUGCGGGAAGAGAGUAAUAAGGAUAAAGAAGGGGAGGACAAUAUUAAAUGGGAGGAUGAGGACUACCUCAUGUACUACUGGUCUCUGGUAGUUGGACGGAUCCAUAUUGUGGAUAAGACUAUGCUAGCCAGUGAAGGCCGGAAUGCGGCAAGGUCUGUAUUGUCUGGUAUGAUGCGUGUGGCUGGGUGGUGCGUUCAUACUAUGCAGAGGGUGGGCGAGGCAGCGAACAUUACAGCUGUGGACAAUCCCAUCCUGGAUGAACAUCCAUGCUGGCUCCACGGAAAGGUAGGUAAGGAGUUCAAAUGGGGAGCCCCCUUGGGUCCACCAUACGAUCAGGAGAGGCAGACAGGUCGCUCUGAAACAGUUCGUUGA